CCAGCGGAUGAUCUGUGCGUUUCAGCCCGUUAUGUUGUUCAGUCGUCGGGUGGAGUCUCAGUCUACAUCCCGUCUGCAGCUCUGCGGGCAAACAACAAGAAGAAGGACUGUUCUUAUCUACUUUAACUCGCCGACUGACUGGUUUGUUACCGAAACUACUACCGUGUAGAUGACGACGACAACCACCUUUAAAGGAAUGGAGCCCGGGUCUAAAAGCAGUUCCAGGGUACUACGACCGCCAGGCGGAGACUCCAGCAUCUCCUUCGGCGUAGACGACAACUCGACUCCCCGCAAGGACAAGAUGGCCUCCAGCAUCUUUGCAGAACCUGACGACCCCCACGCUCAUCGGAGGAACAAUCCGCCCAGUAACUCCACUGGGGCAGCUGCAGGAACCCUCUGCGGAGAACCCUCGGCCCCACUUAGGCGAUGCCAGCAGCCUCUUCUCUUCCCCAAGAACCCCGAGCCGGAGCUGACCACCAUCCACAACUCUGGGGCCGCCUUGGUCUGGAAUCAGAGACGAGAGGUUGAGAAUGGCCAGGAAGGAGCAAAUAAUGAGUGUCCUGACGACGUGGAGGGGGAGCAAGAGGAGCCAGAGCAGCAGAAGGAGUCGACAGAGCCCUCUGCUCCGUCGGGAGGUGCCAACGCCGCCGCGGGCGGCCGAAGAAACCCACCUGGUGGCAAGUCCAGCCUCAUCCUGGGCUGAGACCACUUGUUUUUGUUUAUUUUCAUUGGAACGCUUUUUUUAUUUUUUAAAGAUAAAUACCCCCCCCACCUCCACUCUCUUCCUCCUCAUCGACUUGUCACCUUCUUCUCCCCUACUUCACAUGCACUCACGCCGUCACGUCCACGGGGCCCCUCGCGUCCUCUCGCGUCCUCUCCCUCCACCCUCAAACCUUUUGUUUUGAUCCUUUUUUCUAUUAAAAGAAGAAAACUGUUGACAAAAGCACUUUAUGUAUCUCUCUCUCUCUCUCUCUCUUUCUCUUCCCCUCUUCCAUUUCAGCCCAUCCUGUAGUGCAUCGCGCCUGCUGGGAAAGGCAUGACGUUUAGCUUGUCCCCCAUUCUCCCCCUGUUGUAAAUGGUAAAGGAAAAAAAUACUAAAAAAGAUUUGAUGCGUGGAUUUCUAAAUACAAUAAAGAUUGAUAUGAA